AUGAAUUUUGAUAAUCCUGUUUUGAAACUCAUCCAGAAGCCAUUUAAGAUCGAUUAUGAUGCACAAGACAAAGAUGGAAAUACAGCACUUAUAAUUUCGGCAAAGAUGCAGAAAUAUGAAGAAGCGAAACUCAUUCUUGAACAUGGUGCAAAUCCAUCAAUCCAAAACAAAGAUAAAAUUUCAUUCAUUGAUAUUGCUAAAACGAACGAAAAUCUCAAAGGUUUGAUUACAAUGCCUAAUGACGAAUAUCUUGAUCCUGCAGAUGAUUCUGAUGAAUUUCUUGAUGCAAUCAAAAAUUUCGAUAUUUUGAAAGUCAAAUCAUUUCUCGAUAAAGGAUAUGAUCCGAACAAAAUUCAAAUUUCAAAAUCAAAUAAAGUUCAUCCUCUUGAAGUUUGUGAAGAUUUUGAAAUAUUUAAACUCCUCAUCGAAGGAGGUUCCGAUUUCAUGUUUCGAUAUGAAAAUGAAAAUGGAAAACAAAAAAUUCCUGUUUUCACAAUUGUUUCUAAACGAAACAAACGAUUUUUUGAUUACAUGGUUGAGAAAGGACUCAACAUCAAAAUCAAGAAUGAAUUUAAUCAAUCACUGUUAACUCAUUAUGCAUCAAAGAACAAAGAUUCUGAAAUCAUGAAAUUCUUGAUGAAUAAGAAAGUCGAUUAUCGACGAAGUAAGAACAAUAAAGGAAAUCUUCCUAUUCAUUAUUCAUGCAAACACUCAAACAUCGAUGUUGUCAAAUUACUCAUUGAUAAGAGAUCACCAAUCAACAUCGCAAAUAACAAUGGAGAGUUACCAAUCCAUCUUGCAGUCAAAUAUGGAACACCUGAUAUUGUUGAAAUUCUUCUUGAGAACAAUUCACAGUUCGGUUCUAAAGACAAUCAAGGAAACUGUCCAAUCCAUUAUUCAAUUGAGUCAAAAUUCGGAAAAGAAAUGAUCGAAACAUUUGUUUAUUGCUUGAUACCGAAAUUUGAUGACAUUAAAUCCAUCAUCGACAUCGAAACAGAAGACAAAUACACAUUAUUGUGUAAAUCACUCAUCAACAACAAAAAUGAAAUAUCAUCAUACUUGAUCGAUCUUGGCUCUGAUGUUAACUAUACAAUGCUGAAUGGGAACACUCCUCUUAUUUUAUCAUUGAAGAAUAAUCCCACUCCAAAUAUUAUUCAUCUUCUAUUAUCUAAAGGUGCAGAUAUCAAUCACUUCAAUCAAGAAGGUGAUUUUGCAUUGAAGAUCUGUGAAUCACUUGAAAUUCUCCAUGAAUUGCUGAAAUUCAAACCUCAUUUGAAUAAUAAUGAAUGUGAUGUCAUUCUAAAUCAUAUAUGUAUGUUACACUUACAGAUUGCAGGUGUAUUAAUGAUGUUAAUUGAAAAAUAUAACUACAUUGACUGCUACAAAUUUGCAAUAACUUUAGGUUUAAAAAAAUUAGUAGAAUUUUUAAUUGAAAGCGGAGCAGAUGUUAAUUGCGAAGAUAUACUAGGAAUGACACCAAUUAAUUAUGCCACAAUACAUAACAAAAUUGAAAUUGCCAAAUAUCUAAUUGAAAAUGGCGCAAAUCUUGAACACAGAGAUAUUGAAGGAAAUAAUGCAUUUGGUGUUGCUGCAAAAUGUGCCAGAACAAGUAAUCAAAUGAUUGAUCUUUUACUUGAAACAUGUGAUAUUCUAAAUACUAACUAUGCAGGACACUCCGCUGUUUUUGUUGCCAUAGAAAAUAAGAAUUUCGCUUUCUUGCAACAUAUCCAUGAAAUGAGACCAUAUUUACUUCCUCAAUUAGUAAAUGAGAAAGGCUACGAUUCAUAUACACCAAAAAUUCUUCUUGUCAAAAAUAAUUGGCAAUAUUUAUUGCCUUUAUUUGAUGAAGAACAAUUUACUUAUGAAAUACCAAUUAUUAUGGAAGAAAAGUUAAAAGACAAAGAGAAGUAUGGAGAUACAGAUAUUUUGUGUGCAAUAAGAAAUAGAUAUUAUACUGCAUUCAUUCAUUUUUAUGAAGAAGCAAAUCCAAAACCAGAUUUGAAUGAAACAAAUAAAUUUGGAGAAUUUCCUUUAUUUGUUGCAUGCUAUCGAGAUUUUUCAUGGCGAUUUAUCAAUUUUCUUCUUGACAGUGGUGCAGAUCCAACUAAGUUAUAUGAAGGUAAAACUGCACUCAGAUUGUGUAUCGAAAACGAUUUCCAAAACAAUGUCAUGCAUCUGAUUCAACAUCAAACGAACGACAUCCAGCAGAAAUUCGAAAACGGAAUGACAUACAUGCACAUCGCAAUAAAACACGGAAAUCCUAUUUUCGUCAGAUUCUUGAUCAAUGCAAACAUAUAUCCAAAAUUUGUUGAUGAUGAUGGAAACAGUUAUCUUCACUACGCAGCAUUAUCAGAUAACAAAGAAAUUAUCAGAUAUAUUUUACAAUAUCAAAAAGAUUGCACACUGAUGAACAAAGAAGGAAUGACACCUCUCAUGUAUGCAGUUCAGAAUAGAGGAUUCAUAUUCAUUGAAGAAUAUCUUAAAUUCAACAUAAACUUCUGGAUCAAAUGUAAAGAUUUUUACAGAUCACUCUAUUUCUCAUCAUUAUUGAAUAAUGAUACAUUUGAUUAUCUCCUUCCUUAUUAUCAAACAAUAUUUAAUUGA